CCCACAAAUCUUUUCUUCUUCGUCCCUAACACCAAUGAGCGUCCAUUUGAUCAGACCUCGACGCUCAGCCCCUUCCAAUCCCUAAUUCUGUGAUCGAUCGUCUCCAUAAUUAGGGCUUCCCCCAACGCCACCAACACUUCCCUGCACUCAAUUGAAGGUAAGACAUGGGAGCAUUGAUAUCGAGGUUCUGGUUCAUGUUGUUUCCAGCGAAAGAGUACAAGAUUGUAGUCGUUGGGCUGGAUAAUGCCGGGAAAACGACGACGCUUUAUAAAUUGCACUUGGGUGAGGUCGUUACCACGCAUCCUACAGUUGGUAGCAAUGUCGAGGAGCUCGUUUACAAGAAUAUACGGUUCGAGGUCUGGGAUCUUGGCGGGCAAGACAGACUCCGGACAUCAUGGGCUACAUAUUAUCGUGGAACUCAUGCAGUUAUUGUGGUGAUCGACAGCACAGACCGAGCCAGGAUCGGUAUUAUGAAGGACGAACUCUUCAGGCUGCUCCCGCACGAUGAUCUUCAAAAUUCUGUAAUCCUGGUCUUUGCAAAUAAACAAGAUCUCAAGGAUGCAAUGACCCCUGCUGAGAUAACUGAUGCCCUUUCCCUUCACAGCAUCAAGAACCAUGAUUGGCACAUUCAAGCCUGCUGUGCCCUUACUGGAGAAGGCCUCUAUGACGGUUUAGGGUGGAUUGCCCAGAGAGUCACUGGAAAAGCUCCAAGCUAGAAAUGCAACCACCAUAAACAGUUUCAUUUUCUUUCCUUUUAUGAAUAUUAAGGAUUGAAUAUGGAUCAAUUUUCUUCUGUGUACCAUGGACAGGCAUCUUGCCUGUGUGAUUUGGCAAUUGAUGUUUUAUUUUGAUUUGGCCUUGCAAGAAAGAAUUGUGUCUUCUGCACAACGAUCUAUUUCAUUGAACUAUUUUUGGCA